GGCCCCAGCCUGGCAGGGAGCGGGGAGCCCGGUGGGGCAGUGCAGCAGCCGAGGCAGCAGAUCGCUGCCCGGAGGCAGCGGCCGCAGGGCCGGGGGAGGGAUCGGAGCCAAACUGGGACCGGAGAGACUCCGCCCCCCAGCUCCGGGGCAGCCCGGGGGUCUGUGCAGCUGAUCCAGGCGGGAUCCCACCACCCAGCCCGCUGCGCCUUCGGGGCAGCCCCGGUCCCUCCUCUCCCCCGCGGGGCAGGCUUGGGGAUUCGCUCCUGCCCCUCGGGGUCUCCCUUCCUUGGCCGGGCGCAGGGAAGGGGCCCGGCUGCAUUUCGCGCCCCAUCAGCUCCCAGGGCGCAGGCGGGGAGCCCCCCGGGAGCAGGGCCUGCAGAGCGGAGCUGCCUGGGGGGGGACACGUGCAGGGAGCCCCCAUGGGCGACACACUGACCAUCUGCCCCGACUGCGGGAAGAGCUUCCGCCAGUACUCGUAUCUGGUCACCCACCGGCGCAUCCACACCGGGGAGCGGCCCUACAGCUGCGCCCAGUGCGGCCUGGGCUUCUCCCAGCACUCCAGCCUCAUCCGGCACCGCCACACCCACACGGGCGAGAGACCCUACCGGUGCCCCGACUGUGGCAAGGCCUUCGCCCUCAGCACCUCCCUCCUCACCCACCAGCGCACGCACACCGGGGAGCGCCCCUACAACUGCAACCAGUGUGGAAGGGGGUUCAGCCAACGCUCGGCUCUGGUCACCCACCAGCGCACCCACACCGGGGAGAGACCCUAUGAAUGCCCUGACUGUGGGAAGAGCUUUGCCAUCCGCUCCCGCUGCACUGCUCACCAGAGGGCCCACAGGGAUCCGGGCGAGGAACCCCCCUACCGGUGCCCCCAGUGUGGGGAGGGCUUCCGGCUCCGUGCCCUCUUCCUGCAUCACCGGCGCAGCCAUGCAGGGGGCAACCCCCAUCACUGCCCCGACUGCGGGAAAGGAUUCUCCCGCAGCUUCCUGCUCAAGACGCACCAGCGGAUCCAUACCGGAGAGCGGCCCUACCCUUGCCCCGACUGUGGGCGCCGCUUCCGGCAGACCUCCCACCUCACCCACCACCAGGCCACUCACACCGGAGAGCGGCCCUACCGCUGCAGCCACUGCGGGGACGCCUUCCCCUGCAGCUCGGAGCUCUACCUGCACUACCGAAGCCACACUGGGGAGCGGCCCUACCAAUGCCAUGACUGUGGGCGCAGCUACACCACCAACGGCAGCCUGCGGCGGCAUCGUGCCAGCCACACUGUGGGCUGGGGGUGCAGUCAGCUCGGCCCAUAGGCACCCUCCUGGGCAAAGUGGUGCAUCUUCCUGGCUCUAGACAUGGCCUUUCUGGCUGUUUGCUGGCUGGCUUGUACUGGGGAAAAGAGCUAGGGAUCGGUUCUAGGGGGCUAGAGGUGGAUCAUACCAGUAGAGAGAAGGAACGCAGGAUGAGAUCGAUGGAUCACACACAUGUAGAGCUGAGUCAUACCUGUUAGAAUGUGAACAGCAGCUCGACUCCACCUACCCCUGGUCCUUUGAUGUUGAAGUUUUCAAAAUUAUCUGAAGUGUGUGUGUAUUUUUCCAAGCACCUUGAAAUAGUAUGUAAAUGUAUCUAUUUGUUCUUAGAUGCAGAACGAUAUUCUAUGGCUCAAUAUAACAAUUGGCCGACCCACAAAUUGUGCAGGUAGGGGGUGUGAUGUUGCUAGGCACUGGCGGCUGCCAUCUGAUGACAAUCACAGACCUCCUUAGUGCCACUGGCUCCCAUAUGGAGUAGAGGGAGCCACCGAGACAGGAAGUGACUGCCUGGAGACGUGGUGGGUCAGAGCUGAGCUGGUUGCAAACCCGAGCAUUAGGAGAUCAGCGUGGGUUGGAGUCAGCAAGCCAAGAGAAGGAGAUGGGAGCAUGACUCAGAGGAAGCAGAGAGACAGAGCUUCUUGGUCACAGAGCCCACUGGGGGGGGCAAAGGUAGGGACUGUGCUGCAGGGAACCUGCCUGCUGAUUGUUUUCUGCGGUGUAUCGGGAAACAGGGUACUGUGGGCAUUCUUUGUAAAUAAACACCAUCACACCAGGAAUAGA